CGGGUUUAGCCAUUAUAUUGAUGUCAUUUUGAGGCCACCUUCAUCCGACGAACGUGGCGAUGAAUGUCUGGCAAUGGAUUGCGACGGCGAUCGUGGUGCUCGUGGGCGGCUGGGCCUAUGUCAAUUCGAAGACGUCCUCCUCAACCACCGGUGCUGCCUCCAGCUUGAAACGCAAACCCAAGAAGAAGAGCAAGAAGAAGAAGCCCGGGCUUGACGCUAGUUUGAACACCAACGUGGCCAAUCAAGGCAAGGACGACAGCAGCAAUGGCGACGAAGCCGACAAUGCAUCCAGCAAGGAUCCCCCGACGAUCACCGAUUAUUUUGAUGAGUCCGAGUCCGAGUCGGACGACGGCCUGUCGGCGGGUAAAGUGUUAUCGCAAAAGCAUUUUGGGAUGGCCAUGCUGGGUGGAAGUCGCAAGCUGCGGCCGACGGCGCCAGAGCUCCAGCUCCAAGAGGGUCAGCGAGUUGUGGCGCGGUUCAAGCAGCAGUCCGAGUGGUUCCCUGGCACCGUCACCAAGGUUCAGCGGGGCAACUUGUACAUCAUCACGUACGACGACGGCGAAGUCGAGUCCAAAGUGCCGAUUCAGUACAUUCGCGUGACCAACGAGUCGAGCGGGGACACCGGCGGCAACCUCGACGACGAUGGAGCGGCGGAGGAUGGAAGUGACUCGGAGAGCAGCGAGGACGCUGUGGACAAUGAGUGGGAGGUGGUGUCAACGAAAGAGUACAAGAAGCGCCCGGUGGUUCGGGCGGCAGUGUCGGACGCGGUGGCGCAUCCGUCCGGAUUGACCAAAAAGCAGCGGGAAAGCCGGCGCAAAAAGGAAAAGCUCAAAGAGCAAAAGGAACUUGUGCGCGCUCAAGCUCAAGACACGGGGCUACACGCGCGAUGGGGCGGCACCAAGAAUACGUGGCGAUCGUCGUAAGAAUGUGUGCGUUGGCUAUAACAUAAACAUGGAACAAGCAGUGUGUACAGUCGCGCUA